CUGGAAGUGUAAACCUCUAACGUCCUUCGUGACGUUUAUCUAUCUGUUCUGUGGAUCCUCCCUUGCAAAGCGGAGCCCCGUUCGCCUUUCCACGAGUUCCGCCUCAUCACUCAAAACCACGCGAAUAAUAAUCUUUUUCUCAUCUGCACGAAAGCAGAUGAUGCUGUGAGAGCAAUGCGCAUCGCUUGUGGCCUCCCCUCGCGGCAAAAAUGAAUGAAGCCAUUCACUCUUCGUACGGCUAGUGACACCACCAAUUACACAGAUUUCAUUUUUGGUGACUUCCUUUUAUUGGAAGGUUUAACAAUUGCUUCUUACAUGAACUGCGGCGUAUCCUGCAAAUCGGGAUCGGUAGUUUACAUACAAAUAAAGAAACAGUGGUUUAUUCUUCUCUUAGUGUUUGCAAUUAUCUGCAUCUUAUACGUCAGUUUGGCCCAAGACAAAACAAACAUCCACGUGUUAAUAGCAAAACAUACAUUUCCAAGACCACAAGCACCACGUUCCUCUGCCUCCCCGCUUCAAGCCACGACGAAGACACCUGAGAAGUCAAAUGACACUUGCCCGGGAGAACUAGUGUACAAUGAGUACUGCGUAAUUACACCAUAUAAAAAUGAAACAAGACCGAGCUCUGAUGCGCCAAUCACCCUCUGUACGCAGAGCACCAUACAGUUCCUGCAUCACAUUGUUGUCCUUUGUCAGAGAUGGGCUGGUCCUAUAUCUGUAGCUGUGUAUUGUAAUACAGGUGACUAUAAGAAUGCUCGUUCAGUUGUAAAUAGUUUACGUCACUGUGACGUAUGCGUGCGAACUUGGGUUGAAUGGCGUUUCUUUUACCACAAGAAAUUCUUCACGAUAGAAGAAAGUGAGUCGGCUGUACCGCAAGACUGCGCACAGCUUUAUCAGCAAACUUGGCCAAAAAGAAGGUUUGAAGACACCUACCCUAUAAAUGUGGGAAGAAAUCUCGCAAGAACAUACGCAAAAACUCCUUUCGUGUUUUCCCUUGACAUAGAAUUGUACCCAAGUCCUGGACUUCUGCAGAAGUUUGACAGAAUGCUUCGGGCACAGCCUAUAGAAAAUAAACAUCAAGUUUGGGUUCUACCAGUUUUUGAAAUUAAAUCCCAACUUAGAGCGCCAUUUACAAAGAGUAUGUUGAAGGAAAUGUACGAGAAGAAAGAUUUGAUAUCUUUUCAUAAGUUCAGAUGCAAUAUUUGUCACCGAAUACCGAAUGUUACCGCUUGGGUAAACCACCAGAGAGCAAUAUCUGAAAUGGAAGAAUCCUUUGAACCAUUGAGGGUAUGGACAACGGUAAAAAGAAGUAAAAAAUUUAAGCUCCACGACUGGGAGCCAUUUUUCAUUGGGACAAAGGAUGAUCCUGAAUUCGAUAUCCGACUGUCUUGGGAAGGAAAAAUGAACAAAAUGCAGAUGGCUUACGAAAUGUGUCUACGGAAUUAUGAUUUCCACAUAGUUGAUAAUGCUUUUCUAGUUCAUUCUCCUGGGAUAAAUUAUUUCAACGCCAAAAAAGAGAAAGAAAGACUACGACAUGCUGAAGCUAACAACAAAGUUAUGGCUGACAUUAAAAAAAAGUACAGAAAAAUAUAUGGAAGAAAUAAUAACUGCUAAAACUAAAAAUCAUUUGCUUUUA